AUGCAUUUCUCCAAACUGGAAGAUACGCCGAUGUUUCGGCAAGAGAUGCAAUGCUUGGAAGAGAACGCUGAGUCGAUGCGAGGAAGAUGUUUAAAGUUUUACAAAGGAUGUCGAAAAUACACAGAAGGGCUUGGAGAGGGGUAUGACGGUGACAUUGCUUUUGUAAAUGCCCUUGAAACUUUUGGAGGGGGGCAUAAUGAUCCUAUAUGUGUUGCUUUUGGAGGUCCAGUCAUGACAAAAUUCACCAUUGCAUUGAGAGAAAUUGGCACACACAAGGGAGUUCUUCGCUCACAGAUAGAGCACAUGCUAAAUGAUAGAUUGCAUCAGUUUGUCAAUAUUGAUAUGCAAGAUAUCAAGGAUUUCCGAAAACGUUUUGACAAGGCUACACUUAUAUAUGAUCAUGCACGAGAGAAGUUUCUGUCUUUAAGGAAAAGCACUAGGGUGGAUGUAGCUGUGGCCAUAGAAGAGGAAUUGCAUACUGCAAGAACCUCAUUUGAGCAAGCCCGCUUCAAUCUGGUUAGUGCUCUGUCCAAGUUUGAAGCCAAAAAGAGGUUUGAAUUUUUGGAGGCCGUUAGUGGGAUGAUGGAUGCUCACCUUCGAUUCUUCAGACAGGGAUAUGAAAUCUUGCAUCAGAUGGAACCUUUUAUUAACCAGGUCUUGGCUUAUGCACAACAGUCUAGGGAAUGUUCCAACUAUGAGCAGGCAUCUCUAAGUGAAAGGAUGCAGGAACAUAUCAGGCAGAUUGAUCGUGAGAGUAAGCAGUCCUUAACUGGUUAUUUUGAUCCUCCUUCAGCAGAUGGUAUGCAACCUUUCACAAGGGGUUCACAAAAAGUUAUUGAGGCAGUUAUGCAAUCUGCUGCAAAGGGAAAGGUUCAAACCAUACGACAAGGUUAUCUUUCAAAACGUUCCUCAAACUUGAGGGGUGAUUGGAAGAGAAGGUUUUUUGUUCUUGAUAGUCAAGGGCUUCUGUAUUACUAUCGUAAACCACUUGUAUCAUCUUCUGCAGCUGGAAGUCAGUCUGCUAUACAAAGGAGUGGUUGCUCUGAAAGUGGUCCUGGACUGCUGAGUCGAUUGCUUUCUUCCCAUUACCAUGGUGGUGUACAUGAUGAAAAAUCUGUUGCACGUCACACUGUAAACUUGUUAACAUCAACAAUUAAGGUUGAUGCAGAUCAGUCAGAUUUAAGGUUCUGUUUCAGAAUUAUCUCACCAACAAAAAUCUAUACAUUGCAGGCAGAGAAUGCACUAGACCAAAGGGAUUGGAUUGAAAAAAUAACUGGAGUAAUUGCUUCAUUAUUGAGUUCCCAAACACCAGAGAAGUGUCUGUCUUUUUUCCCCAUCGGAAGUGGUGAUAAUUGCUCUGUUAGUGAUAGUAGUUCAGUAGCAGAUUCCUCUGAUGCUUAUCAAGCAGUAAUUGGGGAACAUGCAUCAAAGAAUCUCUCCUCUGGAAGUCAUUUAGAUAUAUCUAGAAGUUUGCAGUAUCAAGAGUAUUGCACAAAGAGUGAAAAGCCAAUUGAUAUCUUAAGAAGAGUAGCUGGGAAUGAUAAAUGUGCCGACUGUGGUGCAUCUGAGCCAGAUUGGGCAUCUUUAAACCUUGGUGUACUUAUAUGCAUUGAAUGUUCUGGAAUCCAUCGCAAUCUUGGUGUGCAUAUAUCCAAGGUUAGAUCACUGACACUUGACGUUAAAGUGUGGGAACCGUCUGUCUUGGCUUUGUUUCAAUCACUGGGCAAUAUGUACGCAAACUCAAUCUGGGAAGAGUUGUUGCACACAGGACAUACAAGAACUGCCAUGUCUGUGGGUUCUUCGAAGUCUGAUGGACAUAAACAGCUUCUCACAAUGAAACCUGGUCACGAUGACCCAAUUUCAGUAAAGGAGUUGUUCGUUCAUGCAAAGUAUGCAGAGAAAGCAUUUGUUCCUAAGAUGAAGGACAACCAGCAUCUCCUUUCACUGGCAGAAGAGGUGUGGGAAAGUGUUCGUGCUAAUGACCAAAAAGCUGUAUACCGCUACAUUGUUUGCUCUGGAGCAGAUGUCAAUGCUAUCCAUGGGCAAGCAUCAUAUUGUACAUCCCCACCUCUGUCCAGAUAAGUGUAAUCAAGACCAACAAAUCCCUUAUCACAACUUUUGAUUGCUUUGCAGGCGACUCUCUGGACCGGCCCUCAAGAUAUCCAAAAGGAGUUUUCUGACGGUUGUUCUCUACUUCAUCUUGCUUGCCUGAACACUGACAUUGGCAUGGUGGAGCUGCUCCUUCAGUAUGGUGCAAAUAUAAAUGCUUCUGAUUCAAGAGGUCGGGCACCACUUCAUCUUUGUAUUGUUGGCAGGAAAUCUGCUUUAGCAAAAUUGCUGCUGACAAGGGGAGCAGAUCCACAUGCUAUAGAUGGAGAAGGUAACACUGCUCUUCAGCUUGCUUCGACAUCAGGCAUUGACGACAAUGAUCUUUUGGCACUCUUGACGGAUAUAAACCGAUAGUACGGAAGAUCAUAACCCAAAGGACCCUUAAUGUUAGAAAGAG